AUGCAAGGGCAAGGGCCCACGCGUUAUCGUCACAAGCCCAGAGGAAGAUGCCAGGACAUGUUCUUCCAACUUGGUCUGGGUGAGGAGAUGAUAAAGUUGCAGUGGUUACAGACUUUCUUCGAACCUGGAAGAUGCACCGAGCUCCACCUUAUCGAGCUAGUCCGCAGCGGGCGCAAUCCCAGAGGUGCAGACUGGGCCGUGGCUUUUCGGUGCUGUCCUCAUCAUCGUCUUCAUUCUGAUGCCUUUUUCUGUGAUGGGUAUGAGGAAGAAGUCCUCGAUCUUCGGAUUUCUGAAGACACGAUGACGGCCCACCUUCCACGCACAGCUCGAGGCGAGACACGAAGGACGAGGACGCAGAGGCCGCAGAGGCCGCCGGCAGAGGCCGGGAGAAGAGUGGGCAUGGUCUGGCAGCUGCCGACGUCCGGGAAAAAUGCGUUUCACUUCGCAGGGCUAAAGGCUAGCAGCAUGAGCUGA